UUUGGUUAUACUUCUGCAGAAAUUCAGGGUGAUUUGUUGACUGUAGAUUUCCCUGAACAAAGAAACUGGACUGGUGUAGUUUCAGAAAUGGAGCAUGUGAGCGGUGCUGGUUCAGAUUUGUCAACCAAAAAUGGUCCAUUUGACAUCGAUGUUGGAGACAGAGUCAGAGUGAAGCCUUCCAUUACCACCCCAAAACAUAACUGGGGUAGAAACGUCACUCAUAAGAGUGUGGGUGUGGUGAAAGACAUAAAAGAUGAUGACAGUGUGGUUGUUGACUUCCCUGGACAUGCAAACUGGAAAGGAAUUAUCACUGAAAUGGAGCUAGUAACUAAUGAUGAUGAUGAUGAGAUUGGACCUUCAAGUCUGGACUCCAAUAUUAAGAUUGGAGACAAAGUUCGUGUGAAGCCGUCUGUUGUUUCUCCAACCCACAAAUGGGGAGCAGUCACUCACAAAAGCAUUGGUGUUGUUAAAAAAAUUCAGGGCGACUCCUUGACUGUAGAUUUCCCUGAGCAAAAAAACUACUGUAAUAUUUUACUUGUUUAAGAUUUGUCAACAAUAAAUACUCCAAUUGACAUUAAGGUUGGUGACAAAGUCAGAGUGAAAUUUUCCAUUAACACCCCGAAACCUAACUGGGGUGCUGAUGUCACACAUAAGAGUGUGGGUGUGGUAAAAGGCAUUAAAUGUGAUGACAGUCUGAUUUUUGAUUUUCCUGAACAUGCAAAUUGGAAGGGAACUCUCUCUGAAAUGGAGAUAGUAACCAAUAAUGAUGAUUUUGGAUCUUCAUGUCUGGAGUCCGUUAUUAAGAUUGGCGACCAAGUUUGUGUGAAGACGUCUGUUGUUACACCAACGCACAAAUGGGGAGCAGUCACUCACAAAAGCAUUGGUGUUGUUCAAAAAAUUCAGGAUGAGUCUUUGAUUGUGGAUUUUCCUGAGCAUAAAAAAUGGACUGGUUUAGUUUCAGAAAUGGAGCUUGUGACCAGUACUGAUUUAGUCGACAUUAAGGUUGGAGACAGAGUCAGAGUGAAAUCUUCCAUAAUUACUCCAAAACAUAACUGGGGUGGACAUGUCACACACAAGAGUGUUGGUGUUGUAAAAGGCAAGAUCUGUGUAUUUUUCUCAAAGAACAGACUUGAGGAGACAUCAACUACUUUAAUAUAAUUGUCAUAUACACUG